AUGUGUCCCAUCAGUGAAAUCGACGGAGGCCCUGCCCCUGUGAAACCGCAGACCGUCGUACAUCAGUUCGAAGCGGUUGUUCAACAGCACCCUGAACAGCUCGCUGCCGUUUGCAGUCACCAGCAGCCAGAGUUGUAUGGUCUCGGUAACCCAAGGACAACUGACGGUGAGGGUCUGAGAUGGACAUAUAGCACAUUGCAUCGCGUUAUCCAGACUAUCACGACACACCUAAGCUCUCGUGGCUUGGGAGCCGGCACGACGUUCUUCCUAUUUUGUCAAAAUCGCAUCGAGUAUGUGUUGGCAACCCUAGCCGCCUACUACCUCGGCCAUACCCACGUUCCCAUCAACCCCGAGGGCCUUUCCAGCUUGGAUGAUGUUCAAUAUAUGCUAGAUACGGCGCGGAAAGCUCACACUGAACAAAAAGUCAUAGUUCUUGCUACUGCCGAUAUUGCAAGAACUAUCGAUGGAUUAGAUGUGCCGCAAGAUGCGGUCAAGAUCGCACUAGAUGGGGACGCCUUGGGCUGGAUUCCAUUCAAAAAAUUGAUGGAGCCAAUCGACGGCGAAGCGCCCAUCACCGGGGAGCCAGCAGAGUCGAUACUAUUUACCAGCGGCACAACCUCUCGUCCGAAAGGCUGCCUAAUAUCGAUAGACAGAUGGUUCAGCUCGCUUCCCGAGGUGAUGAGCUUGGGACGCCUCGAACCAGGGGACGUUAUGGCGACACUUUUGCCCGGCUAUCAUGCCUUUGGUCACAUAUGCACCAUCAUGCCCCUACUCCGCGGGAGCUGUGUGGUCAUCGCAGCGCCCAAGUUCGAGCUCCGUGCUGCCGCACGCGCGAUUGUCCAGGAACGCUGUACGUUUUUGGGGCUGGUAGGCACGAUGGUUCAUAGUCUAAUCGAGGUCUUGUCUUCGAUGGAGACGACAAGUCUCAAGACAAUUGUGUUUGGUGGCAUGGUCCUCUCUCCUGCGUUAGUCCAGACCUGCUUCGACAAAUUUGGCCUCUCCAGCAUCGAGAACCUCUACGGCAUGACGGAGGGAGUCUUUUCUUCGACGGGUCCUGUCUCGAGUGUGGAUCCUAUUAAGGACGGCAACAGUCUGUCCAUUGGAAGGCCAGUCCCAGGCCUCACUAUGCGCGUUUGCAACCCGCACGAUCGCGUGCCAGUUCCCCGUGGUACCGUUGGCGAGCUCCAUGUGUCCGGGUAUACCACGGUACAAGGGUAUCUGAGCGGCCAAAUCGACGAUUUCUACGAAGAAGACGACCGCAUAUGGUUCAUCACGGGCGAUGCCGCCAUAUUGGAUCAGGUUGGUCGACUAUUCGUUAUUGGCCGGUAUAAAGACACAAUUAUCCGGGGAGGUGAAAACAUCGCCCCGGCGAGGAUCGAAGCUGUCCUGGCCCAGACACCCGCCCUUGAAGCUAUGCAGCCGCAGGUGGUAAGGAAACAGGAUCCGUUUGCCGGCGAGGUGCCUGUGGCUGUUGUAAAAGGGCAGCCUAGCAGCGAGCAGAUUAAGCUGCUGCAAGACACUGUUCGAUCCGCGCUAGGAACUAUCCAUGUGCCGACGGCAGUCAUCCCAACGCAGACGCUAGGUAUUGAGGAGCACCCGCGAACAAGCUCUGGAAAGAUUGACAAAAGGAAACUGACUGAAUUGGUGGCUUCGCACUACCAUCCAACGCCCAGCGCGACUGCAGCGACCUCGGUCGACUGGCGAACAUCGGUCGCCACAGCAUGGGCGCAAAUUCUAGGCCUGUCGCCUGCGCAACUCGAGUUGCAUACGCCUUUAAGUCAUUUGGCAGAUAGCAUUCUCAUGUUGACGGCCCGGGACCGCAUUCGCAAGGACACCGGGCAAGCGGUCCCGCUGGACGCAUGGAUGGAAACCGAAACCCUUGCUGAUCAGAUUGAUCUGUUGACGGCCAAAGCUGGACUUGUAUCCUCAACCAACAAAGCACUCUCAUUAGCGCAAGGGUCUCCGGACGUGGACGACAUGGUCCAUCUGGGAGGUAGUGCGGCCUUGUUCCAAUCAACCAAGAUCGCAGUCCAAGAGGCCAUCACUCCAUUUGGCUUGGGUUGGCAAGAUGUGCAGGAAAUUUUCCCUUGCUCUGACUUUAUUCAGAUCAUUUGCAAGUCGAUGGCUGUCAACACAUGGAACAUCCGGACCACGGUGGUCUCCCACUCUGCCAGCGUCGAGUCAAUGCGUAAUGCCAUUGAAGCAGCACUCGUAGUGAAUCCCGUCUUGCUCUCCUUCGUCGUGGUAAAUACCGGUCGUCUGGGCCCCCAUCUAGGCCUUUAUGUAUCCCUCCGCCAGACUCGCAACGUCCUCGACUGGUGUAUUGAGGAUUAUGGGACCGUCGACACGCUCGAUGAAGUGCGUUUGUUGACUAUGAACUAUCCUUAUUCGGAUCAUACCAAGCUGCCAGGCCCUCUCUUCCGCGCUUUACUAGUCUUUGUGCGCGAAACUAGGUCAGCUGUGGCCAUUACCAAUAUAAGUCAUGCUGUGCUGGACAAAACUUCCCACCAACACUUCUUCGAAGAUGUGAGCCGCGCUCUAAACGGCGAGACCCUUUCCCCCCAUAUCAGUUAUAAAGAAUGGGCCGACGAGUAUCACCUUCUGCGCAAAUCUCCCUCCGCUGAGAACGCCAUCGCAUUCCAUGCCAAUUACCUGCGCGACCUGAAAGAACAUUACCACGUCCUCUGGCCACAUCCAACCCACCAGCUGGUAGUCACACCCGAACGCAACCAUCUAGAUGGCCAUCUAGUGACCUUCCCAGCGCCCGCACUGGUUCAUCUCUGCCAGACUCAUUCCUUCUUGACGCCGUCUGUGGUCAUAAAAUCCGCCCUGGCUUUACUGGUCAUCUCCCGGACCAACCACUCCCACGCCUUCUUCCUCAGUUUCGAAGGGGCCCGGUCCAAGUUCCCCUUCGCUGUAGGCCGACGUGCCGCAGACGACGUUAUGGACGUGGCCGGUCCAGUCUUCAAUGUAGUUGGGAAUCUCGUGGCUUUCCAACCAGAGGUAACAGUACUCGACUUCCUCAACCGCAUGCAACAGGAUCAGAACCAACUCAGCCAGUACGCAACCGUGCCCUGGCGAGAAGUCCUGCCUCGAAUCGGCUGUACAGAGGAAGCUUUUAGUCUGGCAGCAGAGAGUCUUCUCUAUAACUGGAUGCCCGGGCUCAGCGCUCUGGCGGCGGGCGGAGCCCCCUUUGAGAAGAUGAGGAUGAUGCAAGUGCACAUCCGGGCUAAACUGGGGAUGUUAAUGAAUGCGGCCAUGACUCAGGAUGGAACUGGCGUGGUAUUCUUUUUGCAGGGAUCGUUGGCUAAUCGGUCAACCUUGUGGACUGAGCGGUUCGGCGAGGAGUUGAAGAAUAUUUGUCUUUGGCUUGCUGCAGAACAAUCUUGGUCAAUGCAGCUGGAGAAUUUUGUGCAUUCAAUUUGGUAG